GAGCCUCGGCGCCCGGAGCUGGGGGCGCGGCCGCGCUCGCCUCGCCGGGCCGCGUGCGGGCAGGCCCUGCCCUGAAGGGGCGAAGCGGCGGGGAGCGCGGGAGGUGGAGCCGGCCCCGGAGGCCGCCCCGCGUCUCUCCCCAGCGCCUCCUCGGUGGACCCAACCCGAAGCGGACCCAGGCCCCUGCCCAUGCGGGGCGCCCCGCGCUCGGAAGAGUCCCCGGGGCAGAGAGCAGCUCCAGGCAGCGUCGUCGGAGGGAGAGGAAGAAGGGACAGUGCCCAGCUUGGGCGGCCCGGACCCUCCCCGCAGCGUUCGGAGCAGGGGGCCGCCCCGAAGUCUGCGCUUGGCACCGCCGCUUGGACUAGGGCAGCGCCUGCUGGGACCAGGACCCGGACCCCCUGCGUCUCGUAGGCGGCGCCGCCGCCGCACCACCCAGCUCUCCCGCGGUCUCCCUCUGCCUGGCGGCAGUCACGGCCAAGGUCCCAGGAGUGCUUCCAUCUCUUGGGAAGGAUGCGAAGGUUUUCUUUGGGCUUUCCUGAGCUGUGCUUUAAAGUUGACGCGGAAUGCAGGAGUGUCUCCAUCCUUCAGCCACCUACAGUGGUGGCUGUGGAAAACAGGAUGAGUUUUGUAAGAGUCGCUGUUGUCUUAUCCAAGGAAGCGUAUUGGCUCUUCAUCAGAGAGUCAUUUCCUGAAACUAUUAUGAGGGAGGCCGAGGACUCCAUGCUCCUGGCAGAGAAACGGCGCUGGGAUUAGGGAUUGCCACUUCCGAGAGGAUGCUGGGAAUCUGCAGAGGGAGACGGAAAUUCCUGGCUGCCUUGUUGACUCUUCUCUGCGUCCCAGCCAUCACCUGGCUUUACCUGUUUGCCGGGAGCUUUGAAGUUGCUGCAAGGGAAGACGUUUCUCACCUCUGCUGCAACUGUGUGGGGCUCGAAGACCUUAGUAACACAGCCCGAGGCUUCAGGACUCAAGAUGGGAAGCCCGUGUCCCUGUCUCCGCCGGAGUCCCAGCCGCACAGCCCCCGGUACACGGCCUCCAGCCAGCGGGAGCGCGAGAGCCUGGAGGUGCGCGUGCGCGAGGUGGAGGAGGAGAACCGCGCCCUCCGCAGGCAGCUCAGCCUGGCCCAGGGCCGGGCCCCCGCCCAUCGCCGCGGCAACCACUCCAGGACCUACUCCAUGGAGGAGGGGACCGGGGACAGCGAGAGCCUGCGCGCUGGCAUCGUGGCGGGCAACAGCUCCGAGUGUGGGCAGCAGCCCGUCGUGGAGAAGUGCGAGACAAUCCACGUUGCUAUCGUGUGUGCCGGAUAUAAUGCAAGCCGGGAUGUCGUCACCUUGGUCAAGUCUGUCCUGUUUCACAGGCGGAACCCUCUGCACCUCCACCUCAUUGCCGACUCCAUCGCAGAGCAGAUCCUGGCGACGCUCUUCCGGACUUGGAUGGUGCCCGCCGUGCGUGUAGACUUCUACAACGCAGAUGAGCUCAAGUCUGAAGUUUCCUGGAUCCCCAACAAACAUUACUCUGGAAUUUAUGGUCUGAUGAAGCUCGUCCUGACCAAGACUCUUCCUGCCAACCUGGAGAGGGUCAUCGUCCUUGACACAGAUAUUACGUUUGCAACCGACAUUGCAGAGCUGUGGGCUGUGUUCCACAAGUUCAAAGGUCAGCAGGUCCUGGGCUUGGUAGAGAACCAGAGUGACUGGUACCUUGGGAACCUGUGGAAAAAUCACCGCCCUUGGCCUGCCCUUGGAAGGGGCUACAACACAGGGGUGAUCCUGCUGCUUCUGGAUAAGCUGCGGAAGAUGAAAUGGGAGCAGAUGUGGAGGCUGACCGCGGAGAGGGAGCUGAUGGGGAUGCUCUCCACAUCCUUAGCCGACCAGGAUAUUUUCAACGCUGUCAUCAAACAGAACCCUUUCCUCGUAUAUCAGCUCCCCUGCUUCUGGAACGUGCAGCUGUCAGACCACACCCGCUCCGAGCAGUGCUACAGAGACGUGUCUGAUCUGAAGGUCAUCCACUGGAACUCCCCCAAGAAGCUGCGAGUGAAGAACAAGCACGUGGAGUUUUUCCGCAACCUCUACCUGACCUUCCUGGAGUAUGACGGGAACCUCCUGAGGCGGGAGCUGUUCGGCUGCCCCAGUGAAGCUGAUGUCAACAGCGAAAACCUCCAGAAGCAGCUCUCUGAGCUGGAUGAGGACGACCUGUGUUAUGAGUUCCGGCGAGAGCGGUUCACUGUCCACCGAACCCACCUGUACUUCUUGCACUAUGAGUAUGAGCCCGCCUCGGACAACACGGACGUCACCCUGGUGGCUCAGCUCUCCAUGGACAGGCUCCAGAUGCUCGAGGCCAUCUGCAAGCACUGGGAGGGGCCCAUCAGCCUGGCCCUCUACCUGUCGGACGCCGAGGCCCAACAGUUCCUCCGCUACGCACAGGGCUCCGAGGUGCUCAUGAGCCGCCACAACGUGGCCUACCACAUCGUGUACAAGGAGGGCCAGUUUUACCCUGUGAACCUGCUGCGCAACGUGGCCAUGAAGCAUGUCGGCACGCCCUACAUGUUCCUGUCUGACAUCGACUUCCUGCCCAUGUACGGGCUCUAUGAGUACCUCAGGAAGUCUGUCAUCCAGCUUGACCUCGCCAACACCAAGAAAGCGAUGAUCGUCCCCGCCUUCGAGACGCUGCGCUACCGGCUCUCGUUCCCCAAGUCAAAAGCGGAGUUGCUGUCAAUGCUGGACAUGGGGACUCUCUUCACAUUCAGGUACCAUGUCUGGACGAAAGGCCACGCACCCACAAACUUCGCCAAGUGGCGGACCGCCACCACGCCUUACCGGGUUGAGUGGGAGGCUGAUUUUGAGCCAUACGUCGUUGUGAGACGGGACUGCCCUGAGUAUGACCGGAGGUUUGUGGGCUUUGGCUGGAACAAGGUGGCUCAUAUCAUGGAACUGGAUGCACAGGAAUAUGAAUUCAUCGUGCUCCCCAACGCCUACAUGAUCCAUAUGCCUCAUGCCCCCAGCUUCGACAUCACCAAGUUCCGGUCCAACAAGCAAUACCGCAUCUGUCUCAAAACCCUGAAAGAGGAGUUUCAGCAGGACAUGUCCCGCCGCUAUGGCUUUGCCGCCCUCAAGUAUCUCACGGCCGAGAACAACAGCUAGCACCAAGAAGCCCACGGCUAGGGGGAGACAUUCUCAAAGGGGAGAGCCACUUGCUGUUGGGGGCCCAGCCUUCAAACUCAAAAUUGAGCACUGCUUUUUUGGUUUGUUUUUAUCUGUUUCUUUGGCCCAACAGAGCUGCCCUAUUACAGAGAUCUGGGACAAGGAUCCAACCAGCCCCUCUCUGCUCCACGACCUGGCAUCCCCAGGGUGUGGAAAAAUUGCUCAUCUACACAGUCUCUUCAAGAAUGGGACAUUCUUGGAGGAGUGAGAGCAAGCAAAGGGGUUGGCCCACCACAAAGCCACACAACCAAGCCGGGCUUCGGGAUGUUCUCAUUGCUUUUUAAGAAAGGGAAGUCAGGGUGCUGGGGGUUAGCCAUCCCAGGAAAUAAAAGCAAAAAUGCCUCUUCAUUCAGAAGAAGCUUUCUUCUUUUCCCUGCAAUCCAGCUGGGCAUCCAAGGGGAGGGCAAAACCAAUGAUCAGAACCAACCAUUUGGAAAAACCCAAUGGGGACGUUGUACCUGGUGGGACCUGGAGGUGGAAUUGGUUGGUUCUUUAUCCUCAAGGUCACUCUUGUUUUGUUUUGACUUGUUUUUGUGUUGGGGGAUUUGAUUUGUUUUUGGUCUGGAAAUCCAAAAUAGAAAAUCGGAUCUUUUAAGGCUCUGGAGGAAAAAUCAGGUCCACAACCCACAUCCCUGUAUGAGCAGUGGUCCAGCAAGGAGCACAAGAGUCUUCAGCCAAUAUCUAAGCGUGGGCAGCUUCCUUCAGGACUGUCUGAGGCCCCCAUGACCUCGAAUUCCCAAUCUCCAGAAUCCAGGGGCUAGGGGGCUGCAGAAACACGAAGACCAACUGCUUUACAGCCGGUCACAUUUUCUAUUGGCAGUGACUGAUUCAUGGGGAAAGGGCUUUGAAGGGACUGUUUCUGUGCACACGAAAGGUACGAACCUCGCAGGCCUUUAGAAGAACUGGAAUCAUCCAUGGGAGCCCAAUUCUGAAGACUCACAUGUCCCUUCCAAGACCUUCAGGAAGAGCAUGUUGGGUUCCUCUGUGUUCACACCCACUUCGCUGCAGCUGGGACGAGGUCACGACCUCAGGUUCCCUGUGGGACCUGUCCAAGGGUAGAGGCAAGCACCUUCACCAUUGCACAGAUUGAGGAGACACUGGACUUUUUACCCAUUUUCUUGAAUCUUCAAUAUUAAUGUUGUGUUUACAUUGAUGAGAACAAGAGUCAUGCCCUACUCUCUACUGGGCUGUUUGUUCUGAGUUGCAAUGUGGCCGAGAAUGCUGCAUUCCAUAAAGGAGUACAGACUGUUUCUUCCCAUUCCCCUCCCACUCUUGUAAGAAGCUGCCGAGACACACUUCAGUGUAGAAAGCAAAAUCGAUAAACGACAACUUUACAUUUUGUG